AGGAAGUUUGAUUAGUAGUAGUAGCUAUAGUAGAAUGGCAACUUCUGAGGCAAACCCGAAAUCUCCCGCAACCCCUAAAGCAGGAGAGGCAACUGAGUCUACAAAACUUGUGCCAGUUAUCACUCCAGAAGAGAUACAGCACUUCCAAGAGCUUGGACUGGGUAGAGGAAUUGACAGUACAGAUCCAAAUCUAUGGAAGAACAAAGACCCUAUACAGUUGCGAAUCAUCUCCAAAGAUCUCAAAAACGUAAUCGGUACAAACGAAAAUGGCAUCAAACGAAAGUAUGAGAAGACUGUUUCUUCGUCAAGAUCCCAGUUGAGUAAGAUACAGCUCUCGUUGAAUGUUCCAAGCAGCCAUGUAAAGAUCGGUUUGGAUGGGCACUAUUCACAGAGUGUGAACUCAAGUGUAGAAGUAAAAGGAACAAAAAUCCAAACACGAACCAUUUCAUUUAGAUACGACUUCAAUGAUAUACCAGCUGGCUCACAAGUUUUUAAUGAGCAUAUAGAUUCGAAGAGCGAAAACCAUAGUGGAUUUCAAAUAUUUGAAAAUGACUUGGCCAUUUGGAUAUUGAGGUACCUCAAAAAACAACAAUUGACAAGAUCAAUCGAUGGACUGAAAGGCCAAACAGCAAUUGAGAAACUUGAUGACUUUGCGAAUCAAAUUGAUUCAGUCGAUUCCGAUGAUGCCAAAGAUCUUAAUGAAGCCUGUCGACUGUUUGUCUUUGACCUGGGAGUCACACACUACGUCAGCUCCAUAGAACUUGGAGCAGUCAGCUACAGUGUUGAUACUAAAAGGUCGGAAAAGAAAGGUGGAGGAGUUGGGGGUAGUGUGGGUGUAGCUUCUGCAGCUACUGCUAAAGCCUCUACUGCAAUUACAAAAGAGUUCCAUCAACGAACAAAGGAAGAGCAAACUAUCGGGCAUUUCAACGACGAGGGAGUUGUGCGAUGGAAUACUUCUGAUGAAGCGGUUAUUGGUUUUCAGAUACAACCAAUCAACAGGUUGAUGAGAGUUGCAGCCGUUCAGACGGCUAUGAUCAUUGCCAUUCAGUUAUUCAUUCAGAGCAAGACGGAUGACUCCAGUGGUCCCUUCCUAAUCUCGACUACAAUCAACAAAACACCCGUCUAUUGGAAAGUGGCCGAAGACAAAAUCAUUGGAACGGAUAAAGUUGAAUGUUCUUCUAUAUUCUACUUCAUGCAAUUUGAAGACAACAGUUUUGCUAUAGCGUACUGGGGUGAUGAACCAAGUGAUCGCAAACUACUUACAAACGUGAAUUUUAUUCUUUCAAAAUUACGUACAGCUGCUCCAAAUCUUCCCCGUUUUGUCACUGCUAACCGAAGCAGAGUUGGGUCUUCUAAUUCCUCACUUCUGUUGAAAUCAAUCUUUCCUGUAAAGAGCGCUCAAUUUUCCCUGUACAGCAGGCUGGAGGAUUCAUUUGCUUGUCUCACCAUUGGUAUACCAUCCGAUUUUCAGACUUGGAUGGAGGGAGACGAAGUUUUCAUGAAGCACCAAUCUCGUCCUUUUACAAGCGACUAUGUAACAAUGGAACGAAAAGAACAGCAUCUUGAAGCCGAAUAUUUCACUACUUUGUAUUCCUCCAGAUCUAAAUGUCAAGAAAAUCCAAAAAUGGGCAUUUUAUUCCGCCUGCACCCACAAAGCUUCCGAGAAACUGCUCAAGAAGAUUAUGAUGAUGGAUCGAAGUCUUCGAAGGCCAAACUGCUAAUGGACUCUACUAAACACGAAGGAGGACCCUCUUUGCAUGGGUAACGUGCAGUUCCAAGUAAUAACAUUGAACCAUUUUGCAAUAGUUUUAGUAUAAUUAUUAUAUGCAUGCUCAGGAAUUACAAGUUUUAAUUGGCUGUCUGCAAGUAAUGUGUUGACUGGACUAUACAUUGUACUGGACUGAACUAUUCCUUUUCAUAACAAGACCACAAUAGUACAUAAAUUAUUGAUUUGAAAAAAAGCAUAAAACACG